AUGGACACCGACAGUGUCACCGUCGCCACCGACACUACGCCCGUGGUCGACGCACCCAAGGACCAGACCGAGGGUUCGAAUCCGUCGCAGCCCAACUUUUUGCACUCGCCACCCGAUAGCAACAACGCAGUCAAAUCGGAUGCGAGCGACUCCGAGCUCAGCGAACUUGAGGAUGAACCCGCCCUCGACAGCGUCCCCCCCGGUCUGAGCGCCUCGGCCGAGCCGCCUGCCGCCGAGGAUGAUCAAGACGACAUUGGCGAGGUGCUGCCAGAUCAUUGGUCUGGCACCGUGCCCGUAUUCAAGCCGACCAUGGAUCAAUUUAAGGAUUUUAAGAAAUUCAUGAAAAAGGUUGAUAGUUAUGGCAUGACGUCUGGCAUUAUCAAGAUCAUCCCACCACAGGAAUGGAAGGAUGACCAGCCCAAGCUCGAUGACCUGGUCAAGCAGAUCCGCGUCCGCGAACCGAUCAAGCAGGACAUCAUGGGCUCCAACGGAACCUACAGACAGGUCAAUAUUCUACACGGCCGAUCCUACAACCUGCCCCAGUGGCGACAGCUCUGCGACCAGAGCGAGCACCAGCCGCCUGCGCGCCGAGGCGAGCGACGAGCCAACGCGAAUAAGCCGAAACCCUCCAGACCAAAGCCCGCUGCCCCAAAACAACCCAGCACAUCGACGCCCAAGAAGCGCGGUCGCGGGCGUCCUGCCAAGAAUAAGGGCAGACACGGAGAGGCGCCCGCUGAACAGGCGGACCGACCCAUGACGCCUGUGUCACCCAAGGCAGGGCCCGAAGAAGCAGCAGAAGAAAAGCCCGAGGUAGUUCAAUCCGUCGAACAUGAUGCGCCAGAGCUAGAGCCGGAGCAAGAGCCAGCUCCACCGCCUGGCAGAAUGGGCGGGCGUAUGGGAGGCGCCAAACCUGCCAAAGAAAAGACGCAGUCGGUAUCAGCGCGCAGAAAGAAUGGACGCCGUGAGGGCUCUGUUGCUAUCGACGAGGAAGCCUUCAAGGAUUUUGACUACAAGAUGGACAUAUCCGACUACACUGCCGAGCGAUGCGAAGAGUUGGAGAGAGCGUACUGGAAGACCCUGACAUAUGCGGCUCCCCUGUAUGGUGCCGACAUGAUGGGAACUCUCUUCGACGACGCUACCGACACCUGGAAUCUGAACAAGCUACCUAAUCUUCUCGAUGUGCUUGGCACCAAGAUUCCUGGCGUCAACACAGCAUACCUCUAUCUUGGCAUGUGGAAAGCCACAUUCGCUUGGCAUCUCGAGGACGUGGAUCUGUACAGCAUCAACUAUCUGCAUUUUGGCGCACCGAAACAGUGGUACAGCAUCUCCCAAGCCGAUGCUCCCAAGUUCGAAAGGGCAAUGAAGAGCAUUUGGCCUGCGGACGCCAAGUCGUGCAGUCAGUUUCUGCGUCAUAAGGGUUACCUGAUUUCCCCUCAGCACCUGUUGUCACACUAUGGCAUUCGCGUCAACAAAUGUCUCUCGUACCCCGGAGAGUUCGUCGUCACCUACCCUUACGGCUACCACUCUGGGUACAACCUAGGCUACAACUGUGCCGAGGCUGUCAACUUUGCUCUGGACUCGUGGCUUCCGAUGGGCAAAAUUGCAAAGCGGUGCGAGUGCUCACAAGCCCAGGAUAGUGUUUGGAUUGACGUCUACGAAAUUGAGCGCAAGCUGCGCGGUGAGCCGACACCAGAAUACUACGAGGAGACAGAGGACGACGAAGACGAUGACGACGAAGACAUGUCAGGACUGCCCUCGCCUCCGUCCAGUGGCGUCAAGUUCAAAGAUGGAAGGAAGCGCAGACGUGCAGGAGAAGGCGGGUCAAGGAUGAAGAUUAAAAAGGUCCGCUUACGACUCAAGACCAAGGCAGACCCUCCUUGCUGUCUGUGUCCCAACGACUUUGUCGGCAUGGAUGUUUUGCCUACCAACGACGGCCGCAAGGCUCACAGAAUGUGCGCCUUGUUUAUCCCUGAGACAUAUAUCGAUACAGUGGAAGGACAGGACGUCGUGUGCAACGUCAACAACGUCCACCGGGACAGGCUGGAUCUCAAGUGCUUGUUCUGUCGCUCCAAGCGCGGCGCCUGCUUCCAAUGCUCACAGAAGAAAUGCGCCCGAGCAUACCACGCGACAUGCGCCGCUGCCGCUGGUGUCUUUAUUGAAGAGCAAGAUAUUCCUGUUUAUGGUCAAGAUGGCGUCGAGUACAAGGAACAAGCAUUCGAGUUCAGCUGCCGUUUCCAUCGCACUCGAAGAGAUAAGAAGCUCGACGGCAUAGCACUGGAGUGCGACGAGCGCAUUCAUCGUGCAGCCAAGGCAGCCAAGUCUGAUGAAAUCUGUCAGUUCCAGUACACCAAGGGCGACAUCUUUGCAGGCCUCGUCGUUGAGAAUCGCAUUGAUGAAGAGACAUUCCUCGUUAGCAUCGUUCCUAGUGGCGAGCGUGUUGAGAUUGAAUGGAAGUGGCUUCUCGUACCCGACCCCUCCGAUUAUCAUUUACCCAAAGCCUCAGCAAACGCCCUACCAUUGCCUGCGUCCGAAAAGGCGAGAAACAGACUCAAUGCGAAGAGACAGGACGACGACAAGCCGCGCAAGGACGAUGAGUUUGCUGGAGGAUACACGUGGGCCGAGUUCAAUCUGCAUGACAAGGUGGUUAACACGGAUCAGGCCAAGGUCGACUUUGCCAAGCCAGAUCAGAUGUGGCAUUAUCUUGGCCAAACUUCAACAGAGGCCAAGGCUCAAUACACUGAAGACGCUGCCAACCGAAGACACAACCCGCGAGGCAACUUCUUGGAUACUAUUCCGAAGCCCCCGAAGCCAGUUACUGCACCCAAACACCGACAGUACCGCCAACAAGGUAUGGCCGGCGGGUACACCUACCAGCAAUACAACGGGGGCUAUAUCCCGCCGCAGAAUGCCGGGAACAUGGGUGUGGGCGGACCUUAUACGCAGCAGCAAUUCCGAGCUAUUCCUGCAGCAGCUGGCAUGCACGCCGUGCAACAGCCACACAGCAAUAUGGCCGCCCAGCACCAGCCUGCGCAGGUUACUUGGAACGCGCCACCAGAGGGACCCAGGUACACUGUACACCCAUCCGUGUAUCAAACAUAUCAAUUCUUUCAGGUCCACUACAACAAAGAGCCAUCCAGGUAUCGGACGCCAUAUGCGACCUAUGGAGGCUUUAUUAAUGGCUACGAAAACAAUCACAGCGCCAGCCUGAUGGCCACAGGCAGUCAGGCUGAUAUGAUGCGCCGGCUGAGCUACGCCUCAUCAGCACCACAGGCGGGCAGCCCUCAGAAUGGCAAGCCUCGACCUUUAGCACAGAACGGCAGACCGCAGCCCGUUGCUGUGCCAGCACUGAAGACGGAGCAACCAAGGGCGACACCACCGCCAAAGGCGUACAAAAUUCCCGCGAAGCAGUCGCCUGUACCCCUGCCACCAGGCUUCCUCGCAGCUAUGGGUGCGCCGGCGCGGACAGCACCACAGAAGCAGGCGCAGCCGGCUUCUGCAUCGCCGUUGUCAGCGACGCCAGCUGUGGUUGCGACCCCAAGCCAACCUCUGUCUGCCAAGCAAACUGAGGGAGCAAAGAUAUCUACGACGCCGGUACCGCUGCCAUCCUUUGCCUCGACGCCGCAACAGCAUACAUCGGCGCUGCAGAGUACGCAAACCACCGAAAGCAGUAGCAGUAUGAAUAUUGGCUCAUCGGCAACUAUUGCGAAGCCGUUCACCUUGCACCGCAGCCAGACGCGGAUGGAGCAGCAAGAGUUUGCUGAUGUCCCGGGCCGAGAAUCUAUGGAAUUUGUCGACAACAUGAUGCUAAAUCUGCGACGGGCCUCACAACAAGGGACGACGACAAAUUAG